UUUGAAAGGUCGCAAGUGGCAGGUUCUUGUCGCCGUACUCGUCCAAAUCCGCAUGUUAAUUUCGCGGAGAGUUUCUUUUUUCCAAAUUGAAAUUCCAUAAAGAAAAAUUCUCACAAGAAACUCCCUCCGCCGUUCCUCUUAUUUUCUUUUGACUCAAUAAAUAGCUAAAAAGCACACAUAUCCCAAGAACAUGGCUGAUUUAGAUGAUUUUUUCGCAAAGAAAGACCGCAAGAAGUCGAAAGGCAAGAAAUUUCUCACUGCCGAUGAGUUGGUCAAGAAUUUGGAAGACACGUCAAAGCGUGAACCAGCCAAGGCCAAGAAGGAACCAACUCCAGCAGCAGCUGGCGCUGGAGCUGGCACUGAUGCUGCCAAUGCUGCGAAUAGUGCGGCAAGUGAAAACAAUGAAAAUCCAGCUGCAGCCGAACAGGUCGCCAGCAAUUCUGCACCGCCGCCACCAGUCGAAGAGGAGUGGAAGGAAAUCGAAGUGGAGAGAAAGGAUUACAGUGGACUCAAGAUCGGCCAAUUGACAAUCAACGAAGACGAGAUGAACAACCAGAAGGAUGAGACCGAGAACUACGAUGACGAGGAUAACGAGGGCAAUGAGAACUUACAAUUGUUCGACUCAAAGGGCAAUGGACCCUGGAAGAAGGUCAUACCGGCCGAGGAGGUUACACAGAUUCCAAUGCCCGUGGGCCCGGCGACAGGAACAUCAGUUUACAUCUCACCGGCUCUCCGCCAUAGUCAAAACUCAUCAUCUCUUAGGAUGAACAAACUCCGCAAAGGCAUUGCUCCAGAUAUUACCAACGAGGAUUAUUUCCCAACUCUUGGCGCUGCCCGACCCGAAGAACAGAAGAAAAAGAAGAACGAACCUGCAUUUGAAGAAGUUCGACAUGGCGGACGUGUGCAGCGAGUUCAAGAGCAAACUGCAGCCCCAGUCUCCGUAGGGAAUCGUUUUAAGUCUCUUGAAGAUGACGAUAGCUAGACUAUCGUAGUUCGACGCGCCAUCCCUUCAACUUUUUAAAUCUAAUUGCAAAUAUUUUUCUAAACUUUGUUUCGAGACAUGAGGAAGAAAAGAACAAAACAGAAUAACAAACAAAUUUAAAUAAAAUGAAAAAUCAUACAAAACAAUACAAUAUCUUGAAAAUAAAAAUACAAAAA